GUGACCCGGAAGUACUUGGACGAGCGUCAACCCAGAAGUAGGAUGUUCAUUUCUGUCCAGCUGGUUAGCCGCUAACCAAGCAGGGGAGUCGAAAUAUUAUUAUUGACAGCAGCAUCUGGAGAAAACGAUGCGGGGUAUCGGUCGUGUUCACUGGACGGUUAACGCACCCGAGGUGUUUGUUUAUCAAGACUGAGGGCCGGAUAAUUACCGAAGCUAGUUAGCUUAGCUUUGCUAGCGUUUUCGAGGCCAGAGGCUGCGACGUCUCUGAGUAGCUUUAACGUGGAUGUUUGUUGGGAAGCCAAGCCGCCACCAAAAGAGGGAUUUUACGGACGAUUGUUGAUUUUUUGUUUGCUACAUUUUAGCCGAAGAUAAAAGUGCAGCCAUGGACGAUUUCAGCUCGAUCAGCCUGCUGUCUCUUGCGAUGUUGGUGGGAUGUUAUGUGGCCGGGACGAUACCUUUAGCAGUCAACUUUUCAGAGGAGAAGCUGAAGCUGAUCACCGUGUUGGGAGCAGGGCUGCUCUGUGGAACUGCACUAGCUGUGAUCAUUCCUGAAGGAGUCCACGCACUUUACGAGGAAAUACUUGAAGGCGGACACCACAGCCACAGCCAGGCUGGAGUCGUGGAAGCGUCUGAGGCCAAGGCUGACGCAGAAGCAGCUCUGGGCGCCGCCGGAGGGAAACACGAGCACGGUCACGAGCAGCUCCACGCCUGCAUCGGGGUGUCUCUGGUCCUGGGCUUCGUCUUCAUGCUGCUGGUCGACCAGAUAGGCAGUUCUCAUGUCCACAACACCGAAGAUCCAGAGUCGGCCAGAGUCGCCUCCUCCAAGAUCACCACCACCCUGGGUCUCGUGGUCCACGCUGCAGCUGAUGGAGUGGCGCUGGGAGCUGCUGCCUCGACUUCUCAGACCAGCGUUCAGCUCAUCGUCUUUGUAGCGAUCAUGCUGCAUAAGGCCCCGGCAGCGUUCGGCCUGGUGUCCUUCCUGAUGCACGCCGGCCUCGAGAGAAACCGCAUCCGCAAACACCUCCUGGUCUUCGCCCUGGCGGCUCCCGUCCUCGCCAUGCUCACGUUCUUAGGCCUCAGUCAGAGCAGCAAAGAGGCCCUGUCAGACAUCAACGCCACCGGCGUCGCCAUGCUCUUCUCCGCCGGCACCUUCCUCUACGUGGCCACCGUCCACGUCCUCCCCGAGGUGGGAGGCGGAGGCCACAGCCACGCGCCCGCGGGGGGGAACGGAGGGAAGGGACUGAGCAAGGUGGAGGUGGGAGCCCUGGUGCUGGGCUGCCUCAUCCCUCUGGUGCUGUCCGUCGGCCACCACCACUAGACGCGCGGCGCGGGAGGGAUCUGGGACGAGUGUACAGGGGAAAGGAGCCGAAACAGAGUCUUCAGACUUUGUGGAUUUAAAUGUCUUAUAGCUUUGUUGUCUGCGGAUGGACCCCGGGGACCAGACUGGUGCUCCUCCAUGUCUUACGACUUGAAAAUUAACUUAAAACAGGGAACGAGUAAUGGUUGAGGGGGGUUGAGGGGUCGGAGUCGCUGCAGUGACAAAACCGAGACACAUGACCAUGUUUUAUCUUCUGACUCUGUAUGUCUGCAUUUAUUCCGUCAGAAAUCAGAAAUGCUUUCUCUCUUCUUCUUCUUCUUCUUUUUUUUUUUAUAUGAGAAACCAGAGUUUUAUCUGUUUACCUGCCGUGGCGUCUCCAUCCAGGGUUGACAGUCAGACGGUCAAACAACCAGCCCUGAUUUCAUUCAGCGACCUUUUACUAGACGGCAGGCGCACAGCGAGGUGUAGAUUAAGCUUGUGACGUUGCAAAAACGGUAAAUCCUUUUUUUUUUUUUGUUUUUUUGAUAACUGUACAGAUUGUAAAUCUCGAUCGAUAUGAACUGAUUUUCAAGUGCCAUAUUAGCUGGUCGUGAAGCCCCCGGAGAGGACGCAACCGCACAGACGACUACGAAGCCGGACGAGAUCGUCCAGAUUAACCCGACAGACGCUCGUGACCGUUUUCACUCUGGAUCCCGUGAGAGGAGUCAGUCUUUGACGGACGCAGACGCGUGUGUGUUUCCUGUCAAACCACCAAACGUAACACGGCCGAGACGCGAGCGGCCUCUUCAGACGACAGGACCCGUCACUUUAUUUUAUCUGUUUAGUUUCUGGAUGUUUCUAGUUUUUAUUUUACCUGGAGGAAAAAAAAAAAAAAAAAAAGCAAACUGUAAAGUCUGUACAGAGUUGUCUUCAGUGAUUGUAUAGAGUGUUUAUUUAGAGGUGGGGGAUUAUUUCAGCCCUCGUGAAUGGCUGAAAGAUUUGCCUUAUAGGAGGGCAUUAACUAGCUGAAAACCUUUAGGGACCGUCGGCUCAGGAGACAUUACAGAUUGUGAGAGGGGACUUUUUUUUUUUAGUAUUAUUAUUUUUUUUUUAGACUUUUAGUUGACUCAAUCCUCGUAAAUCAAUCAUACAAGAGCAAUAAGCGUAAAACUGGAACUAAAGUAACCUCCUCCUCCUCAGCCAGGUCAGAGGUUUAGCCUUCGUCAUGGAGCUGACGGGUAGUUAGACGCCCUUGAACGCAGCCCGACUCCCCCCCCCCCAUUAAGGCAGCGACCGGCCCGAUGCAGUAAAACUAAACCAGUAGCUGCUCCUUCUUCUAUCAGGACGUGUGGAUAUCGUGACUGUAUCACUGUGCCUGCUCCCAGCAGAGCUCACGUGUUUGUAUAUGUAUGUUUGUAUGUAAACUGUACAGAGAAACUUCUUCCUUCCCGCCACAGUCAACAACAUGAUUUCUUGCAAAUACAUUUUUGUUUUUGUUUGUUUUUGAAUUUUCUAUCCAGAUUUUUUUUUUCUUCCUGUGUGUGGAUGAGCUGUUAUUUGAGUCUAAUUUAUGUAUAAAUUUACUGGUUUUACAUAUUAUUAACUGAUAAGAAGAACGAAAGCCAUCGUGAUGUUUAAAGGGCGUUUUUCAUAGUUCCAAAUUUUUAAAUUUUUUUUAUUUAAGGGAAUCCCCCUCCUCUCCUUCCACUGCGAUGCUUUCUAACCAGGCAUGUUAGUGGGCAGCCUCAUUAUGUCCCACUUUACCUUUUAACAUCCGCCGGUAUGUGUGUACAGUUCAAUCUACGUUGUUGUCAUUUUAAUUAGAAAAAAUGAAUUUAAAGCAACAAAUUUGAACGUAACCAUCAGAAAAUAAAGACGACAUCAUUUCUUUAAUGAACUGAAACUAUUAAUCGAUUAUCAGAUUUUACGUGCAUCAUUUACCAAACUGUUUACAGCAAAAUUUAAAAGCUUAUAAAGAAUUGAGCGUUUUAGAAAGCUAAAAAUGCUUUUUCAGGACAUUAAUGAUGUGUUUCAGAUGUGAUGGUGGCAGCUUGAAUGUUCACAUUCUCAUUUUAGUAUUAAACUGUGAUCAGUAAGUGAGGAGCAUCUCGCUGAUGUUUUCCCACAUAAUCACGUCUUAGUCUAAGAUCCCACCGUUAAAAAUAAGAACCCGCUGAGAAAGUCCACUUUGAAGUCCACAUGUUGGCUACAUUCCUCCUUUUAAGGUUUAAUGUUUAACAGGAAACAGGCCGGUCUCAAAAAAUAACAAAAAAAAAACUAAAUCUCUGGAUUAUAAUAGUUUUUUUUUAUGGAUUUAGAAUAUCCUGACACUAGGACUGCAGAAGGUUUCAAGCCUCUUUGACCUCUAAUAAACUGGAUGUGACCAGAUGUGCAUCCUAGACUUCACCUGCACUUCAACGCAGUGAGAUGGGAGUUAGAAGUUCUUUAAUUCCAGGAGCACGAAGCUCCCGGCUGCUUGGAAUUAAAAGGACAUGAACACUAUGAACAGAGGCAGGUUCCUGCUGCUCACAGACAAUCACUCAACAUCCUGCACGUGUAAAAUCCUGCAGAGUUUAUGCGUCUUGUGCUUAAAAAAUAAAAGUAUAAAUGGCACCUACUGAGGCUGACUGGGGUUUAGAGGAGCUGUGGGGGGAAAGGUUGAAUACUUAAUGCGUUUUAUUUUUGCUUUUCUGUCAUUCCAGGAUGAGUCUGCCUUAUUUCUGUACUUCUAAGUUGUGAAAAUCAAGCUGUAAAGCAAAGUGAUUUAUGACGACUAAAUUAAAGUUUUUUGUUUUCGUUUUUUUAAACUGG